UUUAAAUAUGGCGGAAGAUAUGUUGAAAUUGCUGUGCAGUACAGCCAAACUUGAUCGGGACAAAGGCUUACAACAGCUGCAAGAAUUUCUUAAAAAACAAAAUGUUGAUGAUGUCAGGGAAUUUGAAAACAAGCUUGUUGAUUUGAUGUCAGAUGAUGACAGUACGUGGGAAAAGAAGCAUGGGUCCCUUAUGGCCGCAAAGACGAUCAUGGACAGUCAACACUUUUCAACAGAAUAUGGGAAUAGAGUUCUUCAGAAGUCCCUCAUUCUCUUGGAUGACAAGGAGUAUCGUGUUAGAAUAUCAGCAGGUGAAGUGAUUGGCUCGUUAUGUAGAACAGCAGGUGCAGACAUUUACAAGCAGGCCCGAGAGAAAGUCUUGACUGGGAUACGUGAGAACCUGGAAAGGCAGCCACUAGAUGGAGAAACUGGAGAUGAUAGAUGUCAACAGGAGAGGUUGAUGGAGAAGCUUGUACCAGGAUCCAUACCCCAAUCCCCGCCCCCAUCCCCGCCCGUAUCCCCACUCCCAGCAGGGCAGCAGCGAAGGAGAAACAGUGCUGAGCAGAUCUUCCAUGACACUGCAGGCUGGAAGUCCCUGGAGACGUGGAUGAAAUGUCUGCAAGCCGCUAUAGAAGGCUGUGGCCCAAGCUUCAACUCCUUUGUGGACCAGGAACUGCUCGACCUUAUCUUUGCUGCACUCGUACACACCAACCGCUUCGUGCGCGAGACUGGCUACUACGUGUGCUCAUCUCUUGUGGACUCCGGUCCUAAAGAAACCAAAGAGGAUGAAGGACAGGUAGAAGAUAAUGCCAUCUAUCGCCAUGGUGAUCAGUUUUCAGAGUACUUGGGGAAGGGCCUUGCUGACAACUGGAGCCAGGUGAGACUGGCUAGUUCUGUGGCGACACGGAAGUUCCUCAUGAAACUGUCUGCGGAGGAGGCGCGGGAGAAGUACUACUCCUGCCUGCUGCCCCGCAUGUGUCUCAACCGGUACUACGUGGCCGAGGGCGUCCGGAUAUACUCGCAGGAGACGUGGAAGCUUAUCACACACGGAGUGGGCAAGUCACUGGUGGAGAAAUACAUCAAGAAUGUGGUGGAGUUCUACAUCGCCCAGACUGAGGCUGACAACCAUGCAGUGCGGGAGGCUGCAUGUGCUUGCAUCGCAGAACUCGGCUCAAAGGUGGAGAAGACGGUGGUGAGCCCCAACAUUCCCCAGCUCCUGGCUGCCCUGGUGGUGUGCUUCAAUGAUGACAGCUGGCCGGUCCGAGAUGCUGCUUGUGUGGCCUGUGGGAACUUCAUCAAGUGUUUUCCCGAGGAGUCCAGAGGGACCAUGCCGGAGCUGUAUCCAUUGUUCUUCAGCAACCUGGAGGACAACAUCCCGUCUGUGAGGCAGGGCGCCGCCCUUGCACUGGCUCAUGUGGUUCAGGCGUACGGUGAGGAGUCGAUGAGUGUGAUCCUCCCCAAGCUGAAGGCGGGGCUGGAAGGGGUGGAGCACCAGGCCGCAUGUGUGGAGAAGUACAGUGGACUCGACAAGGGGCCGGCAACCUACGGGGUGGUCAAGCGUCUCCGUGACAACGACAUGGAACUACACACUGAUCAACAGAUGUAUUCCUGUGGCUCUCUGGCGCCAAAGAUGGGUCGGGGCUCUCGAGGGGGAGGUUGUAUGGACCACAAGUUCCGGAAACCUCCAGAACCUUGGGAAAUGGCUGAUGGAUGUGUCCACCUGUUGGCGGAGUUAUCUCCCCAGCAGCCUCAUCACCAGAAGGUGGUGGAACUACUUUCUGUGAUGUCACAGACGGCCGACAGACAUCACUACACUCAGCAUGUGGCCUUCCUAGAGACAGUGUGUAAACAGAUUCCUAAUAUUGCCAAAGGUUUGGGUAAACGGGCCUUCAAGCCUCACCUGGAGCAAUUCAUGGACUCUCUCUUCUACAGCUUGUCAUGUGACAACAUCCUGACGUCGACUGCGGCCACUCAGUGCCUGUCUCAGCUCAGCACCUUCCUUGGCCCGAGUAUCCUGCGGGGCAGAGUGGAGCAACACAACCCGAGGUACCUGGAACAGUUGAAUCAAGUCGCAGGACCUCCAGUGAUAAUGUGAAGACAUUUUAAACCAAUUCUGUGAUCAAAGCUUCCACCUAAGAUGACAAUUUCUGGGGAUACAGAAGACUCCUUUUAAUCAAACAUGCAUGUUAAACAACAUUUGUGCUCAUGUAAACCACAGAUAUCACACAGUGUAUGUUCAAACUCAGAUGUCACACAAUAUGUGCUUGUAUCAAACAGAUACUGUAAAUCUUGAAAUUAACGCGAGUGUGAAUUAAAUGUGAAAAAUGCAAGUGAUCUUUGUUCGCAUUAAUGAAACUUCACAUUUAUAUCUCCAAAAUGACUAUCAAUAAUAAGACGGCAUCACUGCACUCUUUGGAUAGCAGAAAUACCAACUUGAAUAUAAACACAAACACUGUUUAUUGAGCAGCACUUGUAACAAGUAUAUAACAAUGUGAGUUAAAGAAUAGGAAUUACACAAUAGGCAUCCGGUGAGUUAUCGCUACUGGGGUCAAGAGUUCUACCCACUCAUGUCAAACUAGGCAUCAUUGACCACUCCAGCAGUCCAGACAGAUGCCGCCAUGCAACACUUUGUCAAAGGCGGAAAUAACCUAACGCGCACUGUUAGGCUUAAUCACAUUCCUCAGAUCUACAGCCCUUGUCUUGUUAUCUGCCUUCAACUUUGUUGACACCUUCGCAUACCAAUCAGUGAACUGUUGGUUCAAUUAUUGUAUUGCCUUUGAACUUCCUUAAGGCCAGUCAACAGAAUAAACAUAUAAACUGUGUGUUGUUUUUAGGAAAACACUGUUUAUUGUUUUUACAGAAGUGCUAUAGUCAGUGCUAAUAAGCAGUGCUAUUUGUGUUUGAUUGGGUUAAGGUAAGGAUAUGUAUCAUUCCACU